AGCCGGAAAGCCGGAAGGGGAGCUGUGAGGACGUGUUCUGUGGAAGCCAGCGCGGGACCCGGCGGGGCCGGCAGCAUGGAAGCGCUGUACCAGCAAACGCACAAGCAGGUCCACGAGAUCCAGUCUCACAUGGGACGCCUGGAGACAGCCGACAAGCAGUCUCUGCACUUAGUAGAAAACGAAAUCCAAGCAAGCAUAGACCAGAUAUUCAGCCAUCUAGAGCGUCUGGAGAUCUUGUCCAGCAAGGAGCCUCCUAACAAAAGACAGAACGCCAAACUUCGUGUCGACCAGUUAAAGUAUGAUGUCCAGCACCUGCAGACUGCUCUCCAAAACUUCCAGCAUCGGCGAUACGCAAGGGAGCAGCAGGAAAGACAGCGAGAAGAGCUUCUGUCCCGCACCUUCACCACUAAUGACUCUGACACCACCAUACCAAUGGAUGAAUCACUGCAGUUUAACUCCUCCCUCCAGAAAAUUCACCACGGCAUGGAUGACCUCAUUGGAGGCGGGCACAGUAUUCUGGAGGGACUGAGGGCCCAGAGACUGACCUUGAAGGGGACCCAGAAGAAGAUCCUCGACAUCGCCAAUAUGCUCGGCUUGUCCAACACGGUGAUGCGGCUCAUCGAGAAGCGAGCUUUCCAGGACAAGUACUUCAUGAUCGGUGGGAUGCUUCUCACCUGUGUGGUCAUGUUCCUCGUGGUGCAGUACCUGACCUGAGCCGGCCAGGCCCUGUGGCUGAACAACGGUCCCAUGGCGUGAGAGUGUGUGUGAGCGUGAGUGUGCAAAGAGAGGGAGGCCCAGAGGCUGCCUUCUGAACUGUGUGCCCAUCUUAACUGUGAAGACGACUCAGAAGUAAUUGUGACCUGUAACCUGGUGGGAGUUUCAAACCUCUGUUUUUUGUGACAUCUUGAAGGGGAAACUCGUGCUACCAAGAUGCGGUGCUUAGGAAAUGAGUGAAGUGUCUGUUCUCUCUCAUGCUCACUCUCACUCUCACUGGGGGAGGAAGUGAUGCCAGGGUGAGGGAGGGCCAGGGAGAGGGGAGGAAGAGAAUGGCCUUGGUGGUUUUUGUCCUCCUAGCUGAUGUGCACCCGGGAAGGCUUUCACGGUGAGCUUGCAGACAGGACUGUCCACGCUUUGCCAUCCACUGGCCUUUCUGGCUCCUAGUAGAUAGUCUAGAGCAGAAGCAAAGAGAGGAGGGGAAAGAGGCCUUCUUUUCCUGCACCCACUACAGUAGGUUGGUUCACAUGCUCUUGCUACUAGCCACCUUCCCCCACACCCCUCCAAAAAAUAAUGACAUGCCAAUGACUGACUGCUAAUACUUGUCAUCCUUCCCCGGAAGCAGCUACCUAGAGGAAACAGAGGCAUUGGCGCUGUUGCUGAUAGCAAGAUUUUCCCCAUCACAGUUGUUGGGUGUUUCUCCUUUCUAAAGUAAGGCCACUGUUAACUCCCCGGGAGUGGUCAGUCUUGAAACUAAAGACCCUAGUCACCGAUUUUUUUUCCCAGUAGUUAAUGGUUGGCUUUUAAGACUGCAGCCUGGCACCCGUGCCCAGGCUUUGGUGGGUGUUUGCCCCUUAUCAGGUAGCUGUGAGCAAAGGUUAGUGAUUUGUCUUUUACAGUCUCAUCUCUAGUUUUAGUGUCUCUAAUGAAUAAUUGGCUCUCUUCCCUUCCUUGAAAUAUAUUAGCAACUGUCAGCCAAGCCUCCAUUCUGCCCAGCCAGUGUGGGCACAUGCCACCCUAGAGACGUCUCUGGUGUGUGUGUCCUUGUAAGACUGUUUUCAGGGACCAGGACCUUUUUCCUUCUCGGACCAACCCUAGAUUAAGGCUGUACCGGUACCCGGCGUAUUGUGGAAUUUAUUGUAAAUACAGUCUGUUCAAGGAGACUGAUCACUGAAAGUACCAGAAAGACAUGGUUAGCCUAUUUUUUCAUCUGUCACAGGCCCUACCAGCCCUAGGCUCAGUAUGGCAAGACAUAAAUAACACUCACAGUUUCCCAGAGGAACUGUAAACCUGGUCAGUAUUAACCCCACCUUUGACUGUCUUGCCCUACCUACUUCCUGUCUUUAUUUCUUGUCAUUUGGACUAUCUUCUGUCAUCUUUCUCUUUUCUGUGUGUUUUCUCUUCCACCUCCCUUCUUUACCACCACCCCCCCAACCUGUUUCUGUAGCAGUAUUGAUCUUUGUAGGCACAUCUGUGGCAUAGAUCCCUUUUGGGGAAAUGUUUCUUAAUUGUCACAGAUUUUUAACAUGAGUUUCCUGGGUACUGAUUUCACACUUUUGGUAGGAUCUCUAUUGCUCUUACUUGUCUGGGCUAAACAGGGGCCCUGGGUUUCCAAGGAAAGGGGAAUCUUUGAUCCCUUCAUAAAAGGAUUGAGGGCCCUACCAGAGUGAAAACAUUGGCCUGGUGGAUGGACAGAGGGGUGGAAGCAUCUUCAGACCUAGCUCUGACUUUGGGGAGGCCCAGUUGGGAAUUUCCAUCAUACCCAGCGCCCCUGCCAUCCCAGGGACCCAGCACAGGUCUCUUAGCAGUCCAUGAAAUGGGGUUUUUUGGGUUUGUUUGUUUGUUUUUUUUUUUGCGGUACACGGGCCUCACUGUUGUGGCCUCUCCCGUUGCGGAGCACAGGCUCUGGACACGCAGGCUCAGCGGCCAUGGCUCACGGCCCCAGCCGCUCCACAGCAUGUGGGAUCUUCCCAGACCGGAGCACGAACCCGUGUCUCCUGCAUCGGCAGGCGGACUCUCAACCAGUGCGCCACCAGGGAAGCCCUGAAAUGGGUUUUUAAACUGCACAGACUUGGCUCUGAGCCUGGGCACCUGAGGAUCCCGCCAGACAGUGCACUUUGGAAGAAGAUGUACAAGGAGCAGCUAAGCCAUUUGGACUUGAACUCUGGGGAGGCAGAAACUCCCCCCACCCCCUGCCCUCUGUUGGCUGAUGUGACACCUAUUUGUAAUGUACACCAGUCUGUUUCCACACUUGCCUUUCUAGUGAUUGUUGGCCUCGACGAACCAGAAGUAAGGCCUUCCUUCGUGCUGCACCUUCAGAGCCAUUCUCCCUACUUUGUAAUAAAAAUCGAGGGGGCAGUUUGUGGGUCUUCACCACCCGGAGCUAAGGAACAGCAGCCACAGUAUGUCUGGAGACCCUGGGGCACCUCGUGUCAUCGUGUGCUUCCCCUUCCCUGUCACACAUUGGCUUUCGAUGCUCUGAGCAACACAGUUUGUCUCCACAGUCCCCAGAGUAUAGGGCAGGGUCUCCAGGCCAGGGAAGGAGCACCCUCUAGUGGAGUUGGGGUGAAUUCUCAGGUGCAAGAAUCUCCAGGAGCCGCCUCUGCGACCUUGUACAGGAUUUUGGUGUACCUAUUGUGGUUUAAGACAGGUGGGUUGUCAAGGAACUUGGAGUAUCUUCAUUCCGUGGAUGUGUACUCCAGGUGUGAUCACCUGAAGAAAAGCCGAACUCCACGACCAAGUAAGUAGGAGAGUCUUGAUAUUAUAGAAAGCUUCGCUGCUGGGAUUUUUCCUGUCCUUUGCCCUGAUGAAUUUAAAUGGGUUUGAUUUGCAUUUGUCUUUACACUUAUUGUUUUUGAAACACAUCAGUUGAAUAAAGUUGCUGUUUAUUUUAUUUAGAAAA